CCCACCCCGCCCUGCCCUUUCUGCCUCGUCAUCUACUGCCCCGCGGAGGCUCGACCCAUGAGUGGGGCCGCUGGGAAAGCUUAGAACCGGGAGCCCCACCCCACCCGGCUGGGGGAGGGAAGAGAUACUGAGAUUGGGCAGAAUCCGCGCCCGACCACCACCAGCCGAGCUCGAAGGAGGUCUGUGAGCACCGCCCCUCCACCGGGUUCAAGCGGUGGGACUGGGUGUGGGGGAGCCCCCACCAUGGGCAAUGCGCAGGAGCGGCCCUCAGAAACCAUCGACCGGGAGCGGAAACGCCUGGUGGAGACGCUUCAGGCGGACUCGGGGCUGCUGCUGGAUGCGCUGCUGGCGCGGGGCGUGCUCACCGGCCCCGAGUACGAGGCGCUGGACGCGCUGCCGGAUGCAGAGCGCAGGGUGCGCCGCCUGCUGCUGCUGGUGCAGAGCAAGGGCGAGGCCGCCUGUCAGGAGCUGCUGCACUGCGCGCAGCGGACCACGCGGACGCCCGACCCCGCCUGGGACUGGCAGCACGUGGGCACGGGCUACCGGGAACGCAGCUACGACACUUCAUGCCCUGGCCACUGGACACCUGAGGCACCUGGCUUGAGAACCACUUGCCCCGAACUGCCCAGAGCUUCAGACUGCGACGAGGCUGGGGUUCCCGGGGGCUCAGAGACAGUGCAAUCCGGAACGCCUGAGGAACUCAAUCCGGAGCUGGAAGCUGGGGCCUCUGAAGAGGCUGAGCUGGAUGGGGAACCAGAAUCAGAGGCAGAGGCAGAACCCAAACCUGAACUGGAGCUGGAACCCGAACCCGAGCUGGAGCCUGAGCCUGAGCCCGAGCCCGAGCCCGAGCCCGACUUCGAGGCUGGUGACGAGUCUGAAGAUUCCUGAAUGCUGGAGGAACACUGACUGGCCGCCCCUGCCCAAGCCACGUAGGACCUGGGAUCCUGCCCUGACAUGUGUUGGGAGUUGCCACCAAGUCUCCACCUGACCCAGUACCACUAGAAGUGAAUAAACUCUAGAGGGUCA